AUGCCACACCUUGCGGGCCUGUCCCGCGUUGGCUGGCGCACGGAUAGCCAGUGGGAUGACGCGCUGCUCGCUGUCGCGCCGGUUCUGGCUGCAUUGGCUGACGCGGGUGAAAGCCUCAUUGCGUGCACUUGGUUGCGCCCGCCAUGGAGUGGCGGCGGCGCCUCCAGACGGGAACGCCGCAUGUUCUUAGACGCCGCCGCAUGGGCGAGGGAUGUUGUCUACACGCUGGUAGGGUUCGCGGCGGGGGCCACUAAGGCGUCCGCGGCGGCCCCCGCGCGCGCCCCGCGACCCCCCCUCGACCCGAGCGCGUACGAGUCAGAAGCUGAGUUUAAGAGGGCGGUGGCGCUGGCGUCCUGGGCGGAGCGCCAUCAAGCGUUCUCGCGCUACUUGAACCUCCGUGCCCGCAGCCCCGGCUUGGCCGAGCGCUUCCUAUCCGGGGUUUUUCGGUCGCGCAACGCUUUGCAGAUUGCUUUGGCCGAUCCGGUCGACGGGCGUUCCCUCGACGUCGAGGAAAUGCUUGCUGCUCUGCGGUCGGACCUGGUUGACCGCGUGCACAAUGACUUUGCUGUUGACCAGUUGGAGCAGCGGGCGCAAGCUCUCGCUGUCUCGGAAAUUCGCGCGGAGGGCGCGAGCUCCGGCCAACCCGCUCCGCGCCUCUACUCGGAUUCGGAGGGCCGCCGGGUCACGAGGGCCCUGGCCAAUCUGUCCAGACAUUGCGCCAUCACCAGCACUUCGUGGUCUGCCCGCCAGGGCCGCAAGUUUAGCGUACGCGUUUUUAAUGCGCAGCUCAAGUGGUUGGCUGAGGAGGUGUACCGCGUGCUCCUGGGGAGUUGCGCGGCUUGGGUGGAUCCCCACCUCCGCCGGCUCUGCAUGGGGCUCCAGUUUUCUGACGCCCGCGAGUCGGGGAUGCCCGCGCCGCCGGCUGUAGGGGGCGACCUCGAGGCUUUAGCAGUCGAGGUGGCGUCGGCAGCUGCGGCCGAGCAUGCGCCUUUCCCGAGGGCCGAGCAGGCAAUCUCCUUAGGGGCUUCGCAGGUCACCACCGAGGCCGAUCGGCCCUACUUGCUCGACCGUCUGGGCUCGGGCCUCCUUCCCCCCUUGCAGUUCGUCGACGACCACACGGUUGCCGCGUCCUCCCCGGGCACUCUCCGGGCCAUUGUGUCACGGGAGCCGUGGUCCGUGGCCAAGUUUACUACAGUCGAGGAGCACAACGAAGCUAUCGGCGCUUGGCGUCAGCGCCUGCGCGACGUUGUAGGCGACAGCGUAGACGGCAGAGCGUCCGUGCAGGCACACGCCUACCACGAACAUGCCGAGACCAUGCGGCAGCAGGAAGCUUUCUCCAGGCGACAGACCUACCUCGAGGACCGGUUCCACCUGAGGGCAACGCAGAACUGCAGCUACCGCCAAUGCCCUCCUGCCACCCUGGCUCACACCGGCAGCCCCGCAGCUCCCAGAAACGGGAGCCACCGCUUCUACCUGGCGCGCAAAGACGCCAACAUCUGCAUCGUCUGCCAGGAAGUGAUCCCGCACCAUGGGGCGGGCAGGGACACACCAACACAGGAGGCAUGCUGUGGCGCCCACUUCCACUUGGGCUGCCGCGCCGACUUGGCCCGCCACCUUGGCGAAGCCACCACUUGCCCGCAGUGCCGAGCCAGACUCCCGACCACCGCCGAGUUACGGGCAUGGUGCGCCGCGCAGGGCGUGGACAUAGACCGACCGCCGCCCCCGGCCCACGACACCAGCGCCCAGGCCGUCCCAGAUUACAAUGGGUUUCGAAGCUACGCGCGAGGCGAAGAACCACCACCACGGGAGCCACCGCUGCUCCGAGCGCUCUGCUGCCGACGCCUCGGCCCACCGCCCGAAUUCUCCGAAGUGCCAGACCGCCGCAUGGAAUGGUCCCCAGAGAUUGCUGCACGCGACACCAACGGGAUGAUCACGCAGUGGCUUGAGUCAUGGCUUUGCCCACGCUGCGGGGCGCGCUGCGCCGUCGACACGAUCGCGCCACAGAGCGGCCAACAGAUGUGCGCGAGGUGCCUAGAGCAGGGCACGUGGACCGCGGAAGCCAGCACGGCCGAAGAGGCGCCCCAGGAGCCGGAGCUGCCUGGAGACCAGCACGCGAACGGCCCUGCCGCCGUGGUGGGCAGAGGCGCCCCCGGAGAGACCGACCACGAGGCCGAACCAGCGCAGGCCCCAGCCCCGAGCAACGGACCCACCGAAGAGUCCUGGGCAGCUCUCGGGGGCAUCGACCUCCAACAAGAGCUCCGGAGAUUCGUGCCGACACUACAGAACGUGCCACGUUUCCUGCGCGCGGAGACCCGGAUGGCGUUCACCACGGCCCUGAAGAGGAUCAAGCGAGGACACGACCAGGGCAACCAAGCAACAACCCACCAAGGAUGGACACUGUUCCUCCUCGCCUCGAGGCUCCUGCUAAGCAAGCCCAAGGGUACCGACGCCGAGGGCCGACAAGAGCUCCUGGAACGCGCCCAACGGUUCCGCCAGGGCGACUGGCUGGCCCUGCUACACGAGGCCAACACCACGGCCGGCGCGCGCGCAGCGCCGAGGCCAGCCACAGAGGAGCAACAGCAGGAGAGACGCAGAGAACAGGCUUGCGCGCACGUCCGAAACGGCAACCCGUCACGGGGGAGACAGGUCUUGACCGCGGCGGCGAUUGCGCCCGGCAACGGGGAGACACUAAACAGGCUGCGGGACCCGGCCCGCCGACCGCCUACCCUGAGCCGCCGACUACCCGCCAACCUCGACCGCGCAACGGACAGAGCGAGACUCGACAAGACCAAAUUCCUCGCUUGCCUCCGGUCCGCCAAAAAGGGCACGGCAGCAGGACCGUCGGGGGUCCGCGUUGAGCACCUCAAGCCGCUGCUGGAGCACGAAGAGUCCAUGGACCUGCUUGGAUUCGCCGCCGCUGCCCUCGCGGAGGCGCGGGUGCCCUCCCCGAUUGCCCGCGCUCUAGCCCUCUGCAAGAUGACGGCGCUCCAGAAACCAGACAACGCGGCCUACUGGGGCGCUUGGGCAGACGCCCUACACAUGCUCCACCAACGGCGCCCCGUUGAAGCUGCAGCGAUCAGGGACCUCCUCGACGGCACCAGGCCCGGCCGUAGGGGCAACCUUGCCGCAGCCGCCGCGGCCGCACAGCUGCUCGAAACCGAAGGCUUUCGGAGACCUUCCUGGACCGACCUGCUCCAGGGGCUGCGCCCAGAAGCGCCGCCGCGCUCGGAGGCCGCCGAACCGGGGGAAUGGCAGCACGGCUGGCAGUUCCACGCUUGUUCCGCACGCAACACACACUACAGGGACAACGUGUUCAUGCCCAGCCUCACCAGGGCCAACCAGGCCAUGCUAAGGUCAGGCUCAGGACCGAGGGCCGCCUACUGGCUUCACACCUUACCCACCACCGAGGGGCACGUGUUCAAGCCCGCGCGGUUCCUGGCAGCCCUGCGCCGGCGCCUCAGGCUCCCGCUGCCGCUCCUCCCGCACACCUGCGGGGCAGCCGGCCACCCAGGCUGCCGGGCCCGGCUGGACACGCUGGGAGACCACCUAGCCGCGUGCCCACGCACGGGGCUUCUCGCCAGACGCGCGAAACCGCUCGAACGAGCUUGGGCGAGGGUCGCCAGAGAAGCAGGAGGGAGAGUUGUCCCCCAACAGCUGCUGCGGGACACUAACGCCGUUGUCCACAACCCGCUGGACCGCAGACAAUUAGACCUAGUCGUCUACGGCAUCUCGCCGAACGGCGUCCCGCUGUGCUGCGACAGCACCAUGGUGUCCCCCCUCCGCAGGGACGGCUGGCACCGGCCGCGCACCUUCGACACCGACGGCGCCGCGCUACUUGGGGCCGAAAGGCGCAAACGACGCAGGUACCACGAACUCACGACCGGCCAUUCAGGCCGCCUCAUGGUCCUCUCCUGCGAGGUCGGAGGCAGGUGGGGCCGCGAUUCCCUCCAGCUGGUACGCCUGCUUGCCAAGCAGAAGGCGCGGGCCGCGCCGGCCCUCCUCCGCCGCUCCGCGGAGCUCGCGUACACCAACCGCUGGUGGGGGUUCCUGAGCGUCGCGGCCCAGGACUCGCUCAUGGCCACCCUGACGGGCGACGGCUACCUAGCCCUGGGGGGGGCCGCCGGGGAGGACGACCCAGACCUGGCUGAAGUGCUGCUCGCA